AUGACAAACAACGCCACAAUGAAUUUGAAAUUGAACAACGAUGUAAAAAGUUCAAUAAAUGGAGACAUAUCUUCUGAUUCAAUUGUUAAGGAUGAGCUGACGUCCAAGCGGCAACAAGAGGAGGAACGCCGUCGCACGGGCCGUUACAUAGCCAUAUUGGUGGGCAUUUUGCUGUUUAUCUUGGCGAUCUACCAUGCCUGGAUUAGGAAGAUACCAGUCGUUGCCAGCCUCGUGGUGCCCGCAUUGAUAAUGUUUGUUUAUGUCGCCUGGGUCCUGUAUACCGCGUCGAGGGAUAAACAUAAGUUUCAUCUAUUCGACGUGGAAAUGGGGAGCAGCCCGACACCGGAGUCCGAAGGCGACAUCGUGCAAAUAUCGGAACUGACACAAAACAACGUGGAAAUAUCCGUUGUGCCAACCAAGGAAGGAUCCAAUUUAAACUCUCCGGAAGAACACAACUGGACUGAAAUAUCUUCAGCAUUACUCAAAGACAAUAUUGUUAGAACUGAGAACAACUUGACAUUGCCGAUAAUUUUAGUUAACGAUAAACCCCCAGAAGAUUUAGAUCAAAAAUGGUUGAAAGUUGUCGAAGUCCCACAUAGUGAAAGAUUAAAAUGUUUUUAUAGGAGAAGGAAAUUUAAACGGAGAUAUUGCAGAAGUCGUAGGAAUGCGGCAUUCAAAAGAUCAUAUUCUAUUGGAUGA